GGUAGAUGAUUACACCACAAUACUGAGUUACGCACUGACUAAUUAGCAUCUCCAUUUCUCUCUACCCAUCAUGCUUAGUGAAAAGCUAUAUUCGCCAUCUGCACGCGAUCACAUUGAGAACACGUUUGACAUAGGAGGAGAGUGUUGUUUAAUUAGAGUUAUAGAGACUGAUUAAACAUAAAUUUAUUCGGAUAAUUUUCUUUCUGUCUCACCAUGUUCUGAAAUCAGAUUUUUUUUGUUAUCAGGACUGCAUGUUAUAACAGGAUACUGAACCAGGAUAAAAUAAACUGAGUGUGUGAGUGAUACGCCAUUCUAAAAUGGCCGAUUCUUAUCAUAAAGUAGUGGCUGUAAUCUCACAAGCACCUGAGCUUAGAACAGAUCAAGACGUCACAAUGCUUUCAUCAUGGUUCAGGAAGAAGAGUGAUCUCUUUCGAGACCUAGCAGAUGCGAUUCUACAUGACUUGGUAAGGCACUGUCGAUUUCAAAGAUUCAGAGAAAAUGACGUCAUCAUCAGACAGGGAGACAGAGGUGACAGUUUCUUCACCAUACUAUCAGGGUCUGUUGGAAUCUACGUUGCCAAUGACGACGAGGGGGAGGGGCCUAAUAAUCUCGAUGAUGAUUCUCCGAGAAAUAGGGAUGGAGCCGACGCAUCGUUGGGGGCGUACAUCCGAUCAUUGGGAUCGGGAAAGAGUUUCGGGGAAGUAGCUCUGAUAGACUCGGCAAACCGAAGGGGAGCUUCGGUUAUUGCCGAAGAUGAGUCGGACAUGAUCGUAGUUGAUCGGAAUCUGUACACCCGUUCGUUAAAAGCUGCUCAAAAGAGAGAUUUGGAAGAAAGGAUUUCUUUUGUAGAGAAUCAUCCAUUGUUUGGCAAAUGGAAGCCAAAAUACAAGAAUUACAUGGCAAUGGGGAUAUCAAGAAAGAUAUAUCGCUAUGGUAACCACAUCGCCCAACAAGGUGACGUCAUUAAGAAGGUUAAUUUUAUUAUUUCUGGUACUGCAUUGAUCACUGUUGAUACAAAGAUGAAAGGUGAAACUGAGCAUGCGCAGCUAGACAGUCGUACGGAUGUCACGAAAUCACACAGGAGUAGAAAGGAAAAUAAAGCAUUCAAGUUUGAUUCUAUGGUUGAGAUCUGUCUGAUUGGUCAACGGGCUAUCAUAGGUGAUAUCGAAGCUGUAUGCGGCCUGUGUAAACACACCCAUACUAUCACGUGUAUUGAACCUGUACACGCAUAUGAAAUGGAAAUGCGCAGUUUUCACAAGCUCGUCAUGCGCAGACACCCCCAAACUGUAAAGAUGAUCAGAGCAAUGGUGGCUUUCAAGAUACAAAAUAGAUGGGAACGCAUUAGAAAUGAAAAGGUACCUAUCUAUCGGACAAUACUUGAGAAGUUACUGCUCAACGAUCUUCAGCAAAAUGACGUCAAGGUCACUCCUGGAAGUAGAGCGCCACUUUCGGUAGCACAAAAAAGACUAGCGAUCAACUCACAAGGACCCGGUUCUCUUUACCGUAAACUCAAAGAAAAACGAGAAAGACAUCUUGUUCUGUCGCGUCGGCAUUCACAGCUGCAACUUCCCGGGCUUGGGGAUGCGCAUAGAAGUGGAGCAGUCAUGUCAUCGAGAUCCUCGACACGCAGAGGUGAUCGGGGCCAUUCCGCUAAAUAUACAUCUCACAAACAACCGGACUCUGGUGCAUUGCCAAGCCUCUCUGUAGGACAUAAUCAUCAUGGUGGACACACGAUGGUAAACAUCACUAGUCAAGGGAAAGAGAACUCUAAGACCGUCGAAGAAAAUGACAGUAAUAGUAAGAUAAAGUGGAUCUUACCAGAUGAUGGAUCCAUACAUAUCAAAGAUAACAUGGAUAAAGAGGGUUCCUCAAGGUUAGGUUCUAGGUCCAAUCUUACAAUGACUGAAAUGGAGCAAGGUGCAGAUGGUAUAUUGAUGUCAGGAUCGAGUCGGAUGUCACCUGAAAGAGAGGGUGUAAAGUUACCUGCACUGGAACAUGGUAAAGAAGGAACAGAGAGUGACAGAAAUGUGUUUGUUACAGAGCGGAUCCACAAUGCAAAAGAGAUAGCAAUUUCUUCUCAACAAAGUGUCGAACAAGAGUCAGAACUAGCUUGGGAUAAUGCUUCUUCUCGUAUACCACAAUCUGACAACGAUAAUAACGAAAAGGAACGCGAUUAUCAUUCAGAACUGUCUGACAACGAGAACGCAAGGGAUGUGUUUGAGGAGAGUGGAUUGGAAAGUACUGACAACGACCAUAUCGGUGACGUCACGGAGGAAGGCGCAGUUCAGUUGAGGAAUGAUGUCAGAACCUCUUCACCAAAGACCAAAAGGUGUUCGAGUACCCGGAUGUCUUCAGAUUCCUGCAGCGCUCUGGACCAAGAGGAGUUACUUCAAAUUGCUUAUGAAACCUAUGUUUCAGUGAGCAGCGAAAUCAAAAAGUUUCUUGUUAAGGUCAUUGCGGAUGCCAAGAGAUAUGAAAGUAGUCACCCAGCAGGUGUAGUAUCUCGACUAAGGCCUAUUAAUUCAAAGCUGCCACGAUUUUUAGAUGAACAACGGGAAGGUAUCGGUCGAGAUGACACGUCAGUAUCACCAGCUAGAGGCCGUAGAGGCAUUCAAUCCUCUUCAAGUCAACGGAAGAAUCCAAAGGAACGACAGAAGCGACAUCAUGAAUCAACAACAAAGACUAUCAGAGGACAAGGGAGACAACGAUCAAAGAGUGAAGGUGAUACUGAGCUGAGAUCCUCGGAACUCACUAAGCUUCCUUCUAUCAAACAAAAAAGUUCAACAAAACCCAAGACGUUCUAUGAGAUAGCUAAAGAGGAGCAAAAUGUCAGAGAAACAGCGCCCUCUGCGUUGGAUCUUAUAUAUCGUCAGUUUGGUGCAGUCAAAAAGAUGAAGGCCGGACGUCAGUAUAGUGAAGACGAUUAUAAGAAACUGAAAGACAUGCUUAGAGCUCAACAAAAACGAUACAUCAGAUAUCAGAUAAACCUUUAAAUAGAGUUUUAUAGACCAUGGCCCUGGGAAGCAAACUGAAAAUGAAAAUAAUUGGUUAGUCAUACCUAUACAUUCUGAAUCUACAUGAGAAUGGCCUUUUGAAUGUGGUUUGAAUGUCGUUUUAAAGGGAUGAUCCGGGCUGAAAGUAUUUAUAUCUUAAAUAAAUGGAGUAAAAUUCAAAGAGCAAAAUGAUAAAAAUUUGAUCAAAUCGGAAACAAAUAUUAAAGUUAUUGAAUUCUAAAGAUUUGCGUUAUUCCGGUGAAACAGUUCCAGGAAUGUCUUUAUGAAUAUUCAUAAGGUGGAUAGUUGAUGUCACAUCCCCACUUUCAUUUAUUUCAUGUUAUUACAUGAAAUGAUAUUUUUUUCAUUAUUUCACAAAUGUAUAAAUGAUUUGUCUCCUUUAAAAUGAAAUAGGAAAGCCAGGCGUCAGUACAAUAAAGACUAUUAUAAGAAACUUAAGAAUAUUUUUAGAACUAAGAAAAAGCGAUACAUCAGAUAUCAGAUAAACCUUUUAGAUAGAUUUUCAAAGACCCCAUUACAUUAUGUGAUUUCCCGUGAUCCUAUUUUAUUUUCAUAGCUACAGAUCACACGAAUCUUACAUGUACUGAUGUAAGUAUUAUUUUCACUUAUCAAAUACACCCGAUUCAGAUUGCUCCUGUGACAAUUUCUCUUGGCUUUAUUUGGUCUUAUAUAGGGUUAGUGUCGCAACGGGUUUUAUGUUAGGUUUAGACGAAGGUUUAUGAUAGGGUAAAGUGUUAUAUCCAGGGUUUAAGUUGGCAAUUCCAUUAGUGUGUAUCAUUCACAGCGGAGUAAUUGCCGCUUGAGUAAAUGUCAUGGAGCCGGUCAAAAUAACCAGUUGGUGAACAUUUAUCUGACUGAUUAAAUCGAUCAGUAUCAAGCAACUGACUCUACCAUUGUGGAGCGCUGUGGCCCAGUGGAUUAGUCUUCUGUCUUUGAAACAGAGGGUCAUGGGUUCGAAUCCCACCCAUGGCGUAAUUUACUUCAGCAAGAAAUCUAUCCACAUUGUGCUGCACUCAGCCCAGGUGGGGUGAAUGGGUACCUGGAAGGAUUAAUUCCUUGAAUGCACUGAGCGCUGAAAGGAAGCUCGAACUAAAGCCGGGUGAUUAUAAUUAUAAUAAACAAUGCACCUCAGAAUAGAUUAUUUCCAGAUGGAUGGUGCUAUAUCAAUGCCUAUUAUUGUUUAUUACUAUUAUUAUUUCUUCAAAAAGAUCUUUCCAUUCCAAAUACCCAUUCGAUCUGCAAGAUAAAGUAUUAACAUUAACACAACAAAAACUCAGAAGAGCAUAUCCAGUCAUGACACUACAUGAUUGUUUGUCAAAUCAUAAUACUUCAAGAUUUAUGAAGUCAAAAUAUGAAGAGUUUAAAUGCAAAAAUGGACUAAGCCCACUUUUGCUAAUUUUUCACAAAUCAAGUCAAUUGCAAACUUCCUUUCUAGUGAGGGCGAUAUCCUAGAACUUCAAAUUAAAGCACCACUUCCAGAUUCCCACUUUAGGUGAUGUUCCUUCAAGAAGCUAGCGAGGCCUAUUUGGUGUGUCUAUUUGAAAACGACGUUUUUAUUAUAAAAAAAACGUUUCCAUUCACGAGGUUCUAUGUUUUAGCGUCAUCAGUAAAUGUACCAGAAAUCACAAUAAAAAUUACCUCUAGAUUUAUUCAAUUUUAUACGAGCUUUUGAUAUUCAUUAAUAUCAUUUUCAUCUAAUCCCUUUUGUAAUAAAAUUGAUUUAAAGUUGUUGCUCUAUCAGCCAAAUUUUUCUAAAUAUAACUACGUAAGGGAAGAGAGAAGUACCAUCAUGUUUACGUUAUACCUGGUAUUUAUUUGUUACCAAUCGGGACUUUUCAUGUAAAACAUCGGACUGAAUUCAAUAUACUUAUAAAAACCUAUGAAAUAUAUUACAUUUUCAGGAUCUUUUUAACUGUAAUUUUUGUUACCUAAGAUUCUUAAACAUCGUGGAAGAACUUCUAAUCUAUGGAAACAUAGAUUUGUGAAGGUAUGAAGAAUAAGCAAAAGACGAUUUAGUCCCUUUCGCAUGAAAACGUAAAUUUCAUUUCCAUUUUUAAUGGAAUUCUUGAAACUUUUUGGUACUUGGACUUCGAUGUAUCUGAUGCAUAUCGUAAAAGUCUAUUAAAAAAAACGCACAUGAGACCUUUACUUUAAGUUGUCAAUAAAAUGUCAUAAGCACAAACGAA